UAACGAGCCCUGUUUGUGGUUGGUGGUCUUAUGGCAUUACUUUAACUUUUAUUAUUAUCUACUUUACUUUAAACUUCAAAGGAAAUUAUUUAAAUACAGGAAUCGCUCCACUCUCCAGUCCAGUAGGUGGCGGUAUUGCAUCAAGAGGUUAUUUACCGACCAAGAUUUAACAAACAAGAAAAACUGAAGAAAGACGAAGGAGCGAGUGUGCAGGUUGACGUCGGUCUCCAGUCGUUGCGUAGUUGUUUUAUUUUCAUGCUGUGAAAGCUUUUCUUCACAUCCAGUGACGCUCCUCGGAGGAUCUCUUCCCCUGUCGCUGAUUGUUGUUGUUUAUUUAACGAGUCGUGAGUUAGAUACCAUCUGGGCAGCAUCUCUACAGUCCCACCGUCAAGCCACAAUGAUCACCAGAAGAAGAGGCCGUGCUAUCAACAAGACAGAGACUCUUGAAGUUGAAGUGGUGGAUGCAGUUGAAACUGUAGAGGAUCUCCUACAUCCCUCGGAGGACUUCCUAGCUGAAGAUAUUGACACAGAUGGAGUAGAGCUAGACGACCUGUUUGGAAUUGAAGAAUUAAAAUGGACACUUGAAAGAGAUGCUGGGUCCCCACUCUUCGAUAUGGAGUUGGGUGAUCUCGGAGUGUACUGUGUCAAGGAUCAAGAUUCCGGGUUCGAAGCCUCAACUGCCUCGUCUCCGGAGAGAAUGGCAUCAGACUUGAAGAACAUGAACAGACAGAACCAGUCAAAUGACGCGACCAACAAAAAUGCUAUUGCUGCCAGAUUGAACCGUCUCAAGAAGAAAGAAUAUGUCAACAGCCUGGAGAAGAAAGUUGGCGUCCUAUCAACAGAAAACAACGUGCUCAAAAAGGAAAAUUGUCAGCUUACCAAGAGAGUGGAAGAAUUGGAAGAUGAGACCAGGUACCUCAGAGCUGUGCUGGCCAAUGAGAGCAUGUUAGCCCAGCUCUUGUCCAGGCUGAGCGGUGUGAAUGGGAUGAAAUUAUCUUCCUCCAUUUUCCAGGGUCCUGACUCAAACGACCACGACUACGCCUUACCCAGGAAGCGUGUGAAAGUGGAGGAGAAAGAGACAUCUGGUGGCGUGUGUCUGCACGUGGACAAGAACCACGUCUCAGUGGAGUUCUGCACCAAGUGUGCAGAGAGUGCAAGCACAUCACUCAAAAUGUAGGGUCAAGUACUUAUCUCUGUUUUCAGAUAAUGAGACUGAACUUAAUAUGGCUCAGUUUACUGAACUUGUUGAAGGUGGAUGAACACUGUUGAGUUAGUUAAGUUUAAAUAAGAACUGCUGAUUGUGCAUGUGUUUCUGUGUGAUGAUGGAUUAAGUACACGUUACUGCUAAACCUUGUUGACAGUUUCUUCUAGGUAAUGGUUGAUCCACCAUGCGGGAUGAGUGGCUUUCUGAACACCUUGCCUGCUUGACUCCAUGGUAAGGAUCAGACAAGAAAAGACUUUGUUUUUCACAGACCUGAAGCGUUCAGCAGCGAACUUAGUACUACAUUUUUUUAUUCAGUUCUUGUUCUGAGCUAGUGGAUAUUGAAUACUUUACUUAUUUUCUUUUGUUAAUGGUUUGUUUUAGGAAAUGGUUUGAUUUAAGUUAAGAUUUGACUAAUAGUAAAUUUAAAGUUUCCUGAACGCUAGAAUGUAAAGAUGACGGUGAAGGUCCACAAAGAGUUAUUUCUGCAUCAGCUGCCAAAUUGGAACACAAAUUGGAGUGCGCUAAACUGUUAAAAAAAAUUUAAUUCUUUGUUUUGAUAAAAUGUAUCUCUUUGUGAACCUUCAACACUGUACAAAAGAAUUCCUUCAUUUAGCGCCACCUAUUUUUCUUUAUGCUAAAGUGGAUUCUGCUGGUGGAAGGCGAAGAGGCUGGACAAGCUGCUGCCAACGUUGCCUGGUAUUUUUUUAAAGGUAGUAUCGGUACCAAAUGGUAUAAGUGAUUACACUCUCCCAAAACUCCACAACAUCAGUAGAUGUAGGUCUUGGCAGUGCAGCCGGAGGGCUGACUGCAUCUGCUCCAUUACUUGGAGCCAUGCCACCAGAAGUUUGAUAAUCUCAGAAUCAUAUCUUGUAUAUAUUUACAUAUUGGAAUGUAUUCAAUACAUACAUCAACUGAUGAUAUUGACCAUUUUGGUUAAAUGUGAUAAAGUGUAAAUCUGUAUAUAUCUUUGAAUACAUAUUGUUUGAAGUCAAUGACCUUUGAGAAAUGUUGGACAAAUAAAUCAUAUUUUCAUUAA